AUGCUCUCGUUCCCGACGCCGAGCGUCUACCAGUCGCCGAAAUGCUUCGUCAGCUACGGCACCAUGGCUCACGUACCGCCCGAGCCCACGCCCAGCCAGCUCCCGAGUAAGGGGAAGCCGUGGGCGCCUAUCCUGAGCCAGGACUUCAACCAUAAGGUCGAUCUCAUACUUCCCCAGGAGUGCUUCGAGCUGGUGCACCAGAAACUCGUCCAGGAGCUUGCUCCACCGACCUUCCACCGGGUUAUCAUGACGCUUGGCCAGAUUCUGGAAGGCGCUUUCUACAACGAGUACAUCAAGGGACCAGGCAGCAACAUUCUCAUGCACUCCGAAGGCAAGACGACCGUCGACAACGUCUUUACCCUGCGCGAGGGUCUCCUUACUAUGUAUCUCGACAAAGAGACCUACGAGCGAGCCGGCCUGGUAGGAAAGGAGCACGGAGUCAAAGGGAAGAGGGGUUUGAAGCCGAGAUGGAUCGUGAGCUACCAAUUGCGGGAUAGCUCAAUGUUUCACGGCAAGAAAGGUUUCGACAGAUUGCUUUACGCGUGCAAAAACGUUUUCAACACGCCCGCAACGUGGCUCUUCUGCAAUGCGACUACUACCACGCCGUCACCAGACCCCCUAGACCAGUACCAUCCAACAAGGUACACAUGCCAGCCAUCGGUCAUCUCAGACGGCCAGGUCCAAAUGGCACCUCUCACUCUUCCUCCGGAGAUCCUCCAGAACAGCGACAGACCCGCCCUCGAGGACUUCGCCACAGAGACAUACGAGUGGCUGUCCCUGAUCCGGCUCCAAAGCCCGCGCGUCGAGGCAGGCGAUUCCAUCGACCCGUACUUAUCCCGCUACCAAGUCCCAGGAGAUGCCGACUCCGCUCCGCAUGGGAAGGUCUGCAAGAUCACCUGGCAAGGCCUCUUCGCCUCCAGCUGGGUGCGCAGUGUCCUCAUCGACGCCCUCGCCGCUCUCCCAUCGCGAGUCUGGUUCGCCAUGAGCGCGACGUCCUUUUCCAAGGGCAUGGUCGGCGACAGCACCGAGGUCUCCUUCCUCCGACCGCCUGAAUCGCCCGGUCAUUACCUCCUCUGGGAGGUCAAGAGCAAUGAGUAA